GCUCCCCGUCUUCUGUGCAUAACUACGGCAGGCCGGGCAACAGCCAUAUCCGGAUACAUGAGCCCUUGCCUCGCGUGUUGCCUCGCGUAAUCUGUCCUCCUCUCCUCACCCCAGACUUCAGGGCCAAUGGCCGACAAGGCGGCGUGGCCACCAGCCCCUCCCAAGGACGAGAACGAGGGUGAGCGCGCGGCACGAUUAGAGGCGGAGCGUGAGGCAAAGCGGAUCAGCGAUGAGAUUGACCGUGCGCUCGAGCAAGAGCGGCAGGAGCUCCGCAAACGUCGACCCCAGACGAAGAUUUUGCUUCUCGGCCAGUCCGAGUCCGGCAAAUCUACCAUGGUCAAGAACUUCCAGCUGUAUUUCUGCCCGACGACGUUCUACGCCGAAGCCGAGGCGUGGCGCGCCGUCAUUCACCUCAACCUCGUGCGCCAUGUCAACCACAUUCUCGAACUCCUGUCUACGUCGGACAGUCCUCCGGGGAAGCAGAUUCCCAAUAAAGACUACCGCGUGCUUCAGAUGCGCCUGUCGCCCCUGAAGCAAGUGGAGCUCAUUCUCACUCGUGCGCUCUCGGCGGAGGCUAGCAAUAGUUCUUCGACCUCGCCAACGGCCGAGAAGUCCACAUGGCGUCCAGAUCGUGUGACAGAGGUGUCCAUUCGUGGGGGUUCCGGCUGGAAGGCGCUGAUGCGGAAACGGCGAGGAUCUAUCGCUCGUUUGCCAACAAUACCAGACGAGGUGGACGAUGCGCGCCGCAUCCUGGACGCAUGCAAGGACGAUGUUGUAGCGCUAUGGAAGGCUCAGGAGCCAGGAAACUUGGAAGACGGCAGUGCUGACCAUGGACGAUAUUUCCUGAACAACGCGGCGCGGGUGUCGGACAUAAAGUACAUACCAACGGCCGACGACAUACUCCGCGCUCGCUUGCGUACACUUGGUGUUGAGGAGUACCGGAUGGCGAUGGAGACAGCAGCAGAGAAGGGUACGGAAUGGGUUUUUUACGACGUCGGAGGUGCACGGAGCCAGCGAGCGGCUUGGGCCUCAUACUUCGAUGACGUGAAUGCGAUGAUCUUCCUGUGCCCUAUAAGUGGGUUCAAUCAGCAGCUGGCGGAGGACGUGUUCGUGAAUCGGCUGGCCGAUUCGAUGGAGCUGUGGAGUACGGUUUGCAAGAGCAAGCUUCUGGCGAACGCCACGUUCAUUCUACUUCUAAACAAGGCCGAUCUGUUAGCUGCCAAGCUGAAGGCCGGCUUGAAAUUUGAAGACUUCGCACCGAGCUAUCGCGGUCGUCCGAACAAAGCUGAAUACGUCGCGGAGUAUCUCCGUGAGCAGAUGAUGGCCACCCAUCGAUUCUCUUCGCCGAAGAAGCGACAGCUACACGUGCACGUAACAUGUGCAAUCGAUACGAAUCUCAUGGGGGUCGUGCUAACGAGCGUCCGGGAUGUCAUCCUCAUUGAUACACUCCAACAUACAACACUCUUGUGAUGCUGGCCAUCCGAGCGUCGUCGUCUGCAGACGAGAUUCUGGGCCGCUCUCAGAAUCUCACCAGUACUUUCCGCCAGCUGCAGCUAUCUUGUGUCUUAUAUCACGACGAUCUUGGUUAUUGCUCUACUUUAUCACUGCUAUUGGAUUUUGUACUCACUCACUAUAACUGUCAGACGUAGUCGGCUGUACGGAUAGUUGUUGCCUCGUCAUCCCCGCAGCAUUUCAUUCACUAGGCUAGAAGCUCCGGAAGGUAGUGCGACCAUUGAGUGCGUCGCGUACUGUAUUGUCAUAUGUCUAUAUCAUCUUAUCG